AUGAGCGUAAGCAAUAAAACAGAAUUGCGACUGACCUUAAGACUUGGAGCAACCAAUCAAACGUUCAUGCAAGAAAAAAUUAUCUUUUCUUCUAGUGUACAAGUGAAUUCAGAUAGUGGUCCCUCAAUGGGUGAAGAAAAGGAAAAAAGAAUUGUCAAUCGGAUAGCAAUCAGAGCUCAACAGCCAGCAGCUAAAAUUGGAGGCCGGCCGAUUGAUGGCUGGCCUUUUGUAUCUCCACAAAUGAGCUCGAGGGCAUUCACUGCUUAUUUCUAG